CAACUAAAAUAAACAACAAGAUGCCGCGUAAAUCGUCAUCAAUCCCCAAGUCGCAUUUCCUCGGUCAUCAAAUAGACCCUUCGCUCGAGACAACACGCAUCUCAGGACCAGUUGGAUUCCUGAAUCCAACACGCGUACACCUCAAACCUACACGAAAAAGCAAAGAAGAAGAAGAGCAAGAGGAAUCUGCACAACCCGCGAUCAGUGAAAAAGAGCCGAAGAAAAGGGAAAGAGUAUCGCGCAGACAACCCAGAAUCGAAUAUCUCUGGCGAUCGCGCGACAAUCGCAAAGGUCGUCAUGCGGUUCACGUCCAAUACUCACCAAAACACCACGGACCGGGUCACAAUCUGCCCGCAAGCACGAAUAGUUUCCGAGAAAUACUUUCCAAUAUAUAUCGCAUGGUGACGUAUUUCCCCUAUUGGGAUGUAUCGUGGCUAGUCGCGACUAUCUUCACGCUUGGAUCCGUGGUUUGGGUCAUUAAUGCAUUCUUCGUAUGGUUACCAUUAGAAGACCCUUCAACCGAGUUUUCGGGUGAAUCUCUUACCGGUGGAGGUAUAACGGCAUUCAUCGGGGCUACGAUUUUCGAAGUCGGCAGCGUCCUGCUUUUACUUGAAGCCGUUAACGAGAAACACACCGCAUGUUUCGGCUGGGCCGUUGAAACAGUCAUGAAAAGACUAGAAUCACACGAAGACCCUAUUAAAACGACUGUAGUCAGACGCUUUGAAUCAAACGAGUGCGAGCAUCAUCACGCCAAAAGACACUCUUUCCUCCGUGAUGGGCUAAAGGAGACUUCCCCCGAGGAAGAGAGAUCGUUUCAAUGGUUACCUUCCUGGACGGAAUUGCGUACUCAUUAUUUCCAUGAACUCGGCUUUUUGGCCUCGCUUGUUCAAUUGAUUGGUGCUACUAUUUUCUGGAUCGCGGGAUUCACGGGUCUGCCGGGAAUUAUUGAUCAUAUGAGCUGGGGUUUGACUGAUGGUGUAUAUUGGGUUCCGCAGAUUGUGGGUGGGUUUUGUUUUGUUCUUAGUGGGUUUCUGUUCACUAUCGAAACACAGCCGAAAUGGUAUAUCCCAGCGCCAAGUAUCCUAGGCUGGCAUAUAGGAGCUUGGAAUUUUAUCGGAGGAAUAGGCUUUACACUCUGCGGUGCCCUCGGCCCAGCAUCCUCAUCCUCCGGGGUUGAAUAUCAGACAUGUCUGGCUACGUUUUGGGGCUCAUGGGCUUUUCUGAUUGGCUCUGUGAUACAAUGGUACGAGAGUGUGGAUAAGUUCCCGGUUGAGGUGAAAUCGCCUAGUUUAUCUGAAGUUCCGAGCGAUGAGACGGAUGUAUGAUAUUCAGUAUGACUUCUGUCUCAAUAAUAGAUAUCUAUAUAAUAAUACAUGCAGAAUUCGACAAACAAUUUGAUCCGCAAAGAGCACAAUCGCAUCCUCACCCAUUACCUAGAGUAAAAAGAGUCUAUCUCCCUUGUCCAUGUAUCCUGUUCAGUAUCAGCAUUCCA